AUGGAGCCACCAAGCCUGUGCCACAGCCCCUCACACUUUACGCUGCACAGUACAGCAGUCAAGUUGCAGUCUUGCCACUGGCAGAGUCAGGCAGUACCGUUUUCCCCACCCCUCCCUAUUAUUCUUAUUCUUUUGAGUAUUCUUCAUUGCCAAGCCGCCAAAGUGGAGAGUGUGAUUGCAGAAGGGGGUGCUUCUCGUUUCAGUGCUUCUUCGGGGGGAGGAGGUGGUAGGGGUGCACCUCAGCACUAUCCCAAGACUGUCGGCAACAGCGAGUUCCUGGGGAAAACCCCAGGGCAAAGCGCUCAGAGAUGGGUUCCUUCACGAAGCACUAGACGAGAUGCCAACUCCAGCAACGAAAAAGAACGACAUGAUGCAAUCUUCAGGAAAGUGAGAGGCAUACUCAACAAACUCACGCCUGAGAAGUUUGACAAGCUAUGCCUUGAGCUCCUGAAUGUGGGCGUAGAUUCAAAACUCGUCCUUAAAGGAAUCAUCUUGCUGAUUGUAGACAAAGCCUUAGAAGAGCCGAAAUAUAGCUCACUCUAUGCUCAGCUAUGUCUGCGUUUGGCAGAGGACGCACCAAACUUUGAUGGCCCUUCAUCUGAGAUCCAAACAUCCCAAAAGCAGAGCACUACCUUCAGACGACUGCUGAUUUCCAAGCUUCAAGAUGAAUUUGAAAACCGUACCCGAAAUGUUGAAAUCUAUGACAAACAUGACAACCCUCUUACUUCUGAGGAGGAGGAGCAGCGUGCCAUUGCCAAGAUUAAGAUGCUUGGCAACAUUAAAUUCAUCGGGGAACUUGGCAAACUUGACCUCAUCCAUGAGUCUAUCCUUCAUAAGUGCAUCAAAACACUUCUGGAAAAGAAGAAGAGAGUCCAGCUCAAAGAUAUGGGAGAGGAUCUUGAGUGCCUCUGUCAGAUAAUGAGAACCGUUGGGCCGAGACUCGACCAUGAAAAAGCCAAGUCUUUAAUGGAUCAGUACUUUGGCCGUAUGCGAUCCUUAAUGAACAACAAGGAGUUGCCUGCGAGGAUCCGCUUCCUGCUGCAAGACACAGUGGAACUGAGAGAAAACAACUGGGUCCCUCGCAAGGCUUUCAUAGACAACGGACCAAAGACGAUUAACCAGAUCCGCCAGGAUGCUGUGAAAGAUUUGGGUGUCUUCAUUCCAGCACCCACGUCUCAAGGGAUGAGAAUGGACUUCUUCCUGGAAAGCCCCUUUAUGCCCAAUAGAAUGAAACUGGACAGGGAGACUCUUGGUGGAUUGGCAGACAUGUUUGGACAGAUGCCAGGCAGUGGGAUUGGCACGGGACCUGGUGUUAUUCAGGACAGGUUCUCACCCACCAUGGGACGCCAUCGCACCAACCAGCUCUUCAAUGGCCACGGAGGCCACAUCACUCCUCCAACCCAGUCACAGUUUGACAUUGGGCCCAAGUCUUUUGUGAAGUCAAACCAGGUUCAGAAUCAACAUUUCCUCAACCAGAACCAAAACCAACUGGUCCAGCAGCAGACCCAGUCCAAGGAGAUGCCACCACGUUUCAGCAAGAAGGGGCAACUCAACGCUGAUGAGAUCAGCCUCCGACCUGCGCAGUCAUUCCUCCUGAACAAGAACCAGGUACCCAAGCUCCAACCUCAGAUUCCCAACAUGAUGCCUCCAAGUGCUCAGCCCCCGCGCACUCAAACCCCUCCUCUGGGCCAACCUCCACAGCUUGGCUUGAAGACCAACCCUCCUCCUAUUCAAGAAAAACCUCAGAAAACGAGCAAGAAACCUCCUCCCGCAAAGGAGGAGCUGCUUAAAAUGACGGAGGCGGUCAUGACUGAGUACUUCAACAGUAACAACCUGAGUGAGGCCGUCGGUGGUGUGCGUGACAUGAAGGCACCCAAGCAUUUCCUGCCCGAGAUGCUGAGUAAGAUCAUUGUGUGCUCCUUGGACCGACCCGAUGAGGACAAGGAGCAUGCCAGCUCCCUGAUUCACACACUUCGCACUGAGGGACUCAUCACUGGAGAGAACUUCAUGCAGGCGUUCCUUAACGUCCUGGAUCAUUGCCCUAAGAUUGAGUUGGACGUGCCUCUGGUGAAGUCCUACCUAGCCCAGUUUGCAGCACGUGCUGUCAUCGCAGAGCUAGUGAGCGUCGCGGAGUUGGCUCACCCUCUGGAGAACGGAACCCAUUUUCCACUCUUCCUGCUCUGCCUGCAACAGACAGCUAAGCUGAAGGACCGUGAGUGGCUCACCGACCUCUUCCAACAGAGCAAAGUCAACAUGCAGAAGAUGCUUCCAGAGAUUGAUCAGAACAAAGACCGCAUGUUGGAGAUCCUGGAGGGAAAAGGUCUGAGCUUUCUCUUCCCACUCCUGAAGCUGGAGAAGGAGCUGCUGAAGCAGAUCAAAGCAGACCCAUCGCCACAGUCCAUCUACAAGUGGAUCAAGGACAACAUCUCUCCCAAACUUCACACCGACAAAGGUUUCGUCAACAUUCUCAUGACCAGUUUCCUGCAGUUCAUUGCGCAGGAGCUGUGCAUGGUGGAGGGUGAUGAACAGCUCUCUGCUCCCUCCAAAGAACAACUGGACCAGGAGAAGCAGCUGCUGCUGGCCUUUAAACCCGUCAUGCAGAAGUUCCUGCACGACCAUACGCAGCUGCAGGUCAGCGCCCUCUAUGCCCUGCAGGUGCACUGCAACACCAAUGGGUUCCCCAAAGGCAUGCUGCUGCGCUACUUUGUCAACUUUUAUGACAUGGAGAUCAUAGAAGAAGAAGCCUUCCUCGCCUGGAAAGAAGACAUCACUCAAGAAUUCCCUGGAAAAGGAAAAGCUUUAUUCCAGGUCAACCAGUGGCUCACGUGGCUGGAGACAGCCGAAGAGGAGGAGUCAGAAGAAGAAGCAGAUUGAAGAGUAAAAAAGCGAGUAGAAGAGUCGCGGUGGAUGAGAUCAACUGUUGAAUACUACACUCGCUUCUGUUGUUUUACUCCAAGCCUCAGUAAAGUACUACCACGUGGCGUUAAUCUGCUUCUGUCUCGCGCAUCUAAAACGAAAGCUUGUACCUGUGUAGGGGCCUCACGCGCCGUCACCUGCAUCCAUGACGACUGCGCGUCACCUGCUGCCUCAUGGAUCUCAGAGUACGACUGGCUCCUGACCAGCUACAUGACUUGUUGAUGCUCAGCCAGUUAUUUUUGCAUCAACUGUGUUAGCGUGUCACGUUGCUCGCACUGCUAUACAGCUCUUCUUUUGUUUCCACUCUUGUUUCUUUCUGCUUCAAAUCCCCCACCUUUAGGCAGCAGGUUUGGCAUCGGUGUCGAACUGUAAAGCUAUUGACAGGAUUCUGAAGAGAAUUACAAGCUGCAAGUAUUGAUCUUAAAUUCCUCUUGUAGAUGCCCCUGAAGUACGCUUGCCAAACAUUUUCAGUUAGUUAUUAACCCUUCUAGUGUUGCUCACUAGACCAUUUGUUUGCCACUCUUUUUAAACUAAAGUGCUCUUGUUAGUCGCUCCUGUGAUGAGCAUCUUUUUUUUUUCUAUCUCUCUCUCUCUGAGUGGUUGCAAAAGCAUAGUUGUCCAGGUGUUACGAUACUCUUCAACUAAUCAUUAGUGUGUGUGUGGCCGUAAAACGUUUUAAAUCGCCUGUGUUUCUACCUCUUAGUUAGAUGGGCUUGUUUCUGUUGUCCGGGGUCUAAUGACGUCUGAAAACCCCACACCGUCUUUUUGAUUUGCUCUUGGCCUGAUCACAAAAUACUUAAGAGUUAACCAGAACUGUAGCGUGUUUCUGAGGGUUCUGAUCUUCCAGGUGACGUUAAUGUGGGAAAAUAGUAUGAGGGCAGGUUGGUGGCGUUUUUAAAUUGAUGAAAUGAUUGGCUCAUGUCCCUGGCCAAAACAAUACAGAGAAAUGUUACUCAUGCGACGUGUGUUUGUGUGUGUGCGCGCGUGUGUGUAGGUGUGUGCGGCAGGUUUGGAUUAUACUUGUAAUCAUGAUUAUUGUGCACCUCUAUUGCUUUAAUGUCAAUAAAGUUAAGAACACGAGCAGCA